AUGUUUGCUAGUAAACCCCUCACCGUAGCGGAGGCGGAGCGGGUGUGUCGCUGGUACUUCCGCGCUGGUUUCGCCGGUCUGCCGUUGUUGUGGUUUGCGGUGUGGCUUUCCUUCCGCCGCCGUGCGGAGUCGAGUGCUGUGAUUGCGUGGUACACCACCACUUCGCUGUGGCUGAGCAUUAUCGCCGGCCUGCUGUUGAUUGCAUGGUACGUGGGGGCAUUGCUGCUGUUGCCGAGAUCGAGUGCACUCUUUGUGAUUCCACCCUUCUCGGAUGUCUGGCAGUCCGGCUACUAUGCGGUUUCAACACCACGAUGA